UAUUCACCAUUACGCAACCUCCGAAACAAAUUCUUUGAAUGAAUGUUUAAUUGCAGACAUAUUUUAUAAGCAAAAAUGACCUUGUUUUCCAAAACUGUAAGCUUCAAUGAUAUGGUUCCUAUUUUACCGGCAUUGGAUCUACCUGUUACACUCAAAAUGUUAUUCUCCCACAAGAACUUUGUGCACGCUCUUGCCGGCGCAGUGGGAAGUGUGACAGCUAUGACAGUGUUCUUUCCAUUAGAUACUGCAAGAACCAGACUUCAAGUUGAUGAUAAAAGAAAAGCUAAAAACACAGGACAUAUUUUGAUGGACAUAAUUCAAGAGGAAGGAGUGUACUCUUUGUACCGUGGUCUCCUUCCAGUCCUGUCAAGCCUUUAUUGCUCCAAUUUUCUCUAUUUUUAUACCUUCAACGGUCUUAAGGCAGUAUUUGUAGGGAGAGGAGAAGUUUCUACAUCACUGCAAGAUCUGUUAUUUGGAUAUUUAGCAGGAAUUGUAAAUGUUCUUAUGACAACGCCCCUAUGGGUUGUAAAUACCCGCUUAAAAUUACAAGGAGCAAAAUUUAGGACUCAGGAAAUUGAAUGUUCAAAAACAGCAAAAUACAAAGGAAUUAUUGAUGGAUUGAAAAGGAUUUGCAAAGAAGAAGGAGUGAUGUCCCUUUGGAGCGGUACAGGGCCAUCCCUUGUUUUAGCUGGUAAUCCAGCUAUUCAAUUUAUGGUGUAUGAGGGUAUAAAGAAGUUUUUGAUGACUGAAGAUAACAAGACUCUUAAAAAGAGACAAUAUUUUGCUGUAGGCGCAAUUGCUAAAGCUGUGGCUACUAUUCUUACCUAUCCACUCCAAGUGGCUCAGUGCAAGCAGCGAUCUGGAAUCAAGACGCCAAGUGGAAAGGCAGACAUCCUGUCUCUUUUGGCGAGACUUGUGAGGGAACAAGGCUUUAAAGGACUUUAUAAAGGACUAGAGGCUAAGUUGCUUCAAACUGUUGCAACUGCAGCUUUGAUGUUUGUUGCUUAUGAAAAAAUAGCUGCGUUUAUUUUUAGUUUACUUCGGAGGACCUCAAGAUGAACAAUGAGAACAUGAAUUUGAAACAAUGGUCACUGGCUCCAUAGUGAGUUGAGUGAGGCCUUCUCCACACGAUACUUUUUAAAAUCGGUUCCUUUUUUCUCGUUUGGAGUCUUCCGUUCACAUUCACAUGGCGUUUUCGGGCAUCUUAAACGAAGGAUUUUAAAUCCGGUUCCCGAAGAGGAACUUUUUGGACGAACAAAAGCGGAGGAUUUCGGAUAAGAUGGUGUCAUCAUUGAUCUAGUCUACUUUAACCUGGUUCACGUUUCCUAAGUGAAAAUCAAUAUGGCGGGUAGUGAACGUAUGUCAUUAUUAUUAUAGCUAAAUUCAAGUUCAGUAGCUUGAUCUCCAAUUCGUCAUCUGUCCAAAUGUUUUGUUUUGAAAACGGAGGAAAAAUUCCGUUUUCCAAUAUAUCCAGAUACGUCUUUAAGGGGCCUGAAUGUCGUCAAGCUGAGACUGAUCUGCGCCAAAUAUUAUCCACAGACUGUACGGUGGCUAUGGGCAGGGUACUGAUGUUUUCAUCCGGCUUAUAAAGUUUGCCUCAAAGAGAGGGCUUACACUUAAUAAGAUUCUUUUGCCAACAUCGUUUUUCAUUUUUUUCAAGCUGGGAUUCAGUUUUUUAGCCCGGCUUGGUUUAAGUCCUUGUCUGUAGAUUAAACGUCGUAAAUUCCUAGUUCUGGGAUCUUUUAUUAAGUCUUUUUCAAAGGGGCUGGCUGGGUGUAAACAACAUGGAGCCCAAAUCGAAGGGGAAGCAUUUUCUUUUUAACGGUAUUGCUGAAAACACUCGAGUGAAGGAUAAUAAUAUUAAAGCCACUUCCGGGGCAAUGGAAAGUGCUUGAAGCGAUUGGUUCGAUCGCGAAAUGCUCAACUCUGCACGUCUCUUGAGGGAAAUGAACAAGAGCGAUUGCUCAUACAAAAAUAUUUUUUUCUAAAAGAUUAUGUCGAAAAUCAACGUUAUUAGCUAGCUAGAGUGUGGAUAUUUGUGAAGUGCAUCGUGCUCAGUGUGAAUGUACUGGAAGGAAAAAUUAAUGCAGAGAAUCUGGUGUUGUAAAACGUGACCAUAAGAGUCGAUUCGACUGCGGGAAAGUUGUUCGUGGCAAGUUUGGGUUUGAGAUGUACUUGCCUAAAGGAGAGGAAAACAUUUGGAGCACAAUGUGCGUGAAGGCUUUUGUGGGAAGCGUGUAGAAUACAUUUAGAACCCAGCGUGUUAUGUUUUACUAUGUUUUUUUGUGAAAGCUUGUGAAAGGGAGUGGCUUCCGAGUGUUUUCAUUGUCGAGAAUCAUUUAACCCUUUAACUCCCGGUUCAAAUUUGUCAUUCUCCUUACUGUCAACUAUACAAUUCUAAUAAUGUUAGUUCAGAGAAUUUUGUAUUGGGUCAAUUUAUUAUCCCCAAAUUGAUAUUUUUCUUUAUUCUCAUCACUCAUCUGGUUGAUAUUGUAUCGAUAUCGUAAGGAGAAAAUUCUCUCUUGGUCACUCAUGGGAGUUAAAGGGUUAAAUAUUUUUGGAGUUGAUGGGGAUGACAAUUCAAAAGAGAUCAAGGCUAAAAUGAAGUGCCAACUAUUGCAAUUCUUAUUCUAAAUAUUCCUUUUAAUAAAUGACUUUUUGGUUG